GCAGACGGAAGAAUAGAAGAAUAUCCACAGUGCAGAAUGAAAUCGAAAACAAUAUUGCUUUUAAUUGUUUUAUUAAUAAAACGUUUAAAACGAAUAAAUUACGAUGUUUUUACCAGGCAUGAAAUACAUCGUAAAAUUAAUAAACUUUAUGCACUUUAUUAUUUAACAUUGAAAAGCGAGAGGACAAUUAUGAAUAAACGAAAACGGAAAUAUUGGGUCAGAUCAAUAUUUUCCAUUGAACGACGUUUAGCACAAGGAGCGAGCAAUAAUCUCGUUAAUGAAUUAGAACAACGUGAUCAUGAAAAAUUUUUUAAUUAUUUCCGAAUGGAACCGGUACUUUUUGAGAAAUUAUUACAAUUAGUCGGACCUUCAAUUACUAAACAAUCUGCAGUUCGAGAAGCUAUUCCACCUGAAACAAGGCUACAUAUUACCAUAAGGUUCUUGGCAUCUGGAGAUAGUACGCGAUCCUUAUCAUAUGCCUUCCGUGUUGGACACAAUACCAUCUCUAAAAUAGUGUCAGAGACUUGCGAAGCCAUUUGGCAAUGUUUGAAAGAUACUGCUUUUAUAAAAAAUAAUGAAGAGAGCUGGCAAAAUGUUAUUAAUAAUUUUGAAAGGCUCUGGAAUUUUCCAAAUUGUAUGGGAGCCAUAGAUGGAAAACAUGUAACUUUAACGGCUCCACCGAAUUCCGGCUCGACAUAUUUCAAUUACAAAAGAGACCAUAGUAUUAAUCUCCUAGUAAUCAGCGACGCCAAAUAUCACUUUACUGUUGUCGACAUCGGAGGCGAAGGCAGACAGAGCGACGGAGGAGUUUUUCGGAACAGCCUUAUUGCAAAUUAUGUCGAAAGUGGUUCAUUAAAGCCAAAUCCGAAGCCAAUUAAAAUUAAUGGAAUAGCUCUCCCUUAUGUGCUGCUAGCUGAUGAAGCCUUUCCAUUGAGUAACUUUAUAAUGAGGCCGUACCCACGGAGUGGCAGAUUGGACUUGUCAAAAAAAGUAUUUAAUUACAGGCUUAGUAGAGCAAGACGAGUGGUAGAAAGUGCUUUUGGAAUAUUGGCAGAGAGAUGGAGAAUUUACAGAAGGCCAAUAAUAUCAAGUGUUGCUAAUGCAAAGAAAAUUGUGCAAGCAACAGUAGUGUUGCAUAAUUUUAUUAUUAAUAAUGAAGAACAAUUGCAAUUACCACGUAGGUAUGUGAAUAUUAAUGAAGGUGACUUCAAUUCACCAAUGAAUUCAGGAGAGCUUCGCUCAUUGCCAAUCUGUAGAGGAAGAACAUCUCAAAGUGGAAUCGAAGUUCGACACGCAUACACUGCAUUUUUUAAUGGAAAUGGCGCAUUACCUUAUCAAUGGGAAAAAGCUGUACAGAACAAUUUUUAA